AUGGCGAUUCAAAAUGAAGGCUCUGCAAUUAUCGACUCACAACCACGACCUGUGACCUUGAAUCACAAUAAAAAUGAGCCAGAAGAAGGACAGAGCGUAACAUCUGGCAGUGGGUGGCAAAUGAAGACCCCGAAAAACGAAGGCUGCCCCCCAGUUGCCAUAGUAGGAAUGGCACUGCGAGCACCUGGAGGGGUCAAAUCUCCCGAUGAACUUUGGAGACUGUUACUUGAAAAGAAAAAUGGAAUUUGUGAGGUUCCUGGUAACAGGUACAAUAUCGAUUCCUUUUACAGUGAGAACAAGACCCACAUGGUCAAAACUCGUCAUGGUUAUUUCCUUGACGAAGAUCCGGCCUGCUUUGAUGCAUCAUUCUUUGCUAUCAAUAGUCACGAGGCUGGGCAGAUGGAUCCGCAGCAGCGCAAACUCAUGGAGGUCUUUUGGGAAUGCUUAGAAAGCGCAGGUGAAACUGACUGGAAAGGGAAAAAUAUUGGCUGCUAUGUCGGAGUUUAUGGUGAAGAUUGGUUGGAUCUUGCUAGCAAAGACCCUCAAUACACCAACCGCUACCAUAUUCUUGGUACCGGCCAGUUUGCUCUUUCUAAUAGGCUAUCAUGGCAGUACGAUUUCCGGGGACCAAGGUUCUUCACUCUAUGGCCCAAGUUCAAGUGGCUCUCAAGAAUAUAUACAAAUUGCUUACCCCUGGUGGCCGACUUCUAUUACACGAAUUGCAACCAGGGGCUUCAUCCGGAAUGGCGGUCGGGUGAUGAUGAUAAACCCGAACAGCCAGGCCUGUCUCCCGAGCAGUGGGAGCAACAACUCCACACGGCUGGGUUUUCUGGAGUAGACGCAAUUAGUUUUGAUUUCGACGCUCCCCAUCAAACAUCCUUUUCAAUACUGUCAAGCGCAAAGCCCUCUUCCUCUCCUAAGACUGACGUUACGCUCCUGACGGGAGACACUCCUUGCCCCUGGACCAAAAAAAUUGCAAGUAGCCUUGAAAAAAUAGGGUAUCGAGUGCAUUGGGGCAGACUGGAUCAAUCUCCUCCCACCAACCAGUGUAUUGUCUCAGUUCUAGAUCUGGAGAGUCCUUAUCUCCAUAAUCUAUCCGAAGAAAAAUAUAUUGCCCUUCAUUCAUACCUAACUAAAAUAGGGAAGUCGAGGAUGAUAUGGGUGACAAGAAUGAACCAGCUUGAGUGUAGCGACCCCAAUUUCAGCAUCAUUUUUGGGCUGGCCAGGACACUGAGGAAUGAAAUGGGGCUUGACAUUUCAACUUUUGAGACCGACAUGUUUAACAGUGCCGCAAUAAAUGGAUUGAGCAAAGUACUCGAUAAGAUCGAAUGGUCUCGCGCGUCCUCUGCUCUUGACCCUGACUAUGAGUUCGCAUUUCAUAAUGGGAGCAUAUAUAAUGGCCGGUGCCACUGGAUGUCGGCUCAAAGUCAGAUGCCAAUCGAGUCCUUGGGGGAAACACCAAGGAAACUUGCAAUCAAGUCUAUAGGAUCAGUAGAUUCGCUCUACUGGCAACCCUUUGCUGAUGCCACAGAGUUAACGGGGGACGAAAUCGAGGUUGAUAUGCAUUACAUUGGGUUAAACUUCAGGGAUGUCAUGGUAGCGACCGGCCUGUUUGGGGACCCUAAAGAGUUUGGUAUAGAAGGCAGUGGUAUCGUUCGUCGGGUAGCGUCUGGAGUUGUCGAUUUUAAACCUGGAGACAGAGUGUUUGUACUGGAUACUGGUGCCUUCCGCACGAGGGUUGUGAAGCCAGCGCAUACGGUCCUCCCGAUUCUAGAUACGAUGACAUUGGAAGACGCUGCAACAAUACCUUGCGUAUACCUUACGUCUAUCAUGUGCUUAGAAACCUUUUCUCGGGUCAGGGAGGGCGAGGUUUGCAAGAAGAUAGGUGCGCAGAUAUUCGCCACUGUCGGAAACGAAGAGAAGGUCCAAUACCUCGUUAAUGAAUUUGGCAUCCCACGCCAUCACAUAUUCAAUUCUAGAAAUGCAGAUUUCUUGCCAGGUAUCAUGAGGGAGACAGGGGGUAGGGGCGUUGACGUGGUUUUGAACUCUCUUUCCGGGAAACUGUUACACACUUCGUGGCAGUGUGUUGCACCGUUUGGCAAGAUGGUUGAACUGGGGAAACGAGACUUUUUAAGCAAUGGACGCCUGGAUAUGGCACCAAUGAUGGAAAAUCGCUCAUUCAUAGGAUUUGACCUAGGUCAUUGGAUAAACGCGGAUCAUGGCAUCUUGAGGCACCAAGGCAGCCUCAAGCCCAUCCGGCCCAUCAAGGUCUACGAUGCAGCAGAUGUCUCUGAGGCAUUCCGUUACAUGCAGCAAGGAACCCAUAUGGGCAAAAUUGUGAUCCGGCUUCCUCAAGAUCUUUCAGCCAUCCCGCUGGCAGGUGUGAAAGCUCCGGUAGAGUUUUCACCAGAUGUCUCUUACCUUUUGGUAGGUGGGCUAGGAGGCCUGGGACGUUCUAUAUCCGCUUGGAUGGUUGAGCAAGGAGCUCGUCACUUGGUAUAUUUGUCAAGAACCGCAGGGCAAACGGAUAAGGACCGAGCCUUCAUACGAGAGUUGGAAGAUCAAGGCUGCCAUGCGGUCUGUGUAGCAGGCAGCGUGGUCAAUAUAGCAGACGUGAGAUCUGCGAUUGCUCAGUGUCCCAAGCCUCUUGCUGGGGUUUUCCAGCUGUCCACUGUUUUAAAAGACCGCACUUUUAGUAAGAUGAGCUAUGAAGACUGGACGACAUGUCUCAAUACCAAAGUUCAAGGAACCUGGAACUUGCACGAGGCUCUGCAGAACGAGAAGGACCUAGAAUUCUUAGUGCUGUUCGGUUCUGUGUCUGGCGUCUGCGGGAACGUGGGACAGGCCAACUAUGCGGCUGCUAACGGGUUCCUUACCAGUUUCACACAAUACCGGCGCCAGCUGGGGCUGCCUGCAUCUGUGCUUGAGCUGGGCAUAGUAGACGAGAUUGGCAUGGCAAGUGAAAAUGAAGCAGCUCUCCAGAAUGCUCGAUCUACCUCACUCCGACUGAUAUAUGAGAAUGAGCUAAUCGAAGGAGUACGGCUGGCCAUUUACCAGUGCCGCAACCCCCCACCAGCAGACAGCCUGACGUCCAGUUCCAGCAUCAUCGGCCUGGGCAAUACCAAACCACUGACUGAGCCUGGAGUACGCCCACUAUGGGCCAGGGAUGCACGGUUUGCGCUAUACUCAAACCUGGCAGGCAAUGGGAAUGACGGAACUGCCGGUGAAGCGAACAACGGGGUCAAGUUGCUGUUGUCGAAGAUUGGACAGAGUGCAUCAUACCUGAACACCGAAGAGUCUAAGAGCAUACUCCAAGGAGUGCUGGGGAUGAUGGUUAGACAGAGCAUGGCGCAUACGCAGGACAUGGACGAGGACGAGCUGGCGGGCGUUAACAUUGAUUCUCUCACAGCUAUCGAGAUGCAAAACUGGUUCAGACGCAACAUGGGCCUUGAAAUUAGCCUGGCUGAGAUCGGAAAGGCUGGAGUCGUCGGGAAUCUGGCAGAGACCAUCCAUGGAUUGAUGAAGGUCAAAUACGGUGUUACUGGGAAACAGGAUGGCGCUGAUCCCGAAAAUGACCUUGACUAA